AUGCCAUCUACUAAACUAUCCAAACUGAUUCUUGAUGACUCUGAUGAUGAAGAGGAGGAGGAGAUGGAAAUAGCUUUGAUAGGUGAGUUGCUUACUAAAAGAAGGACUGUACGACAUCAAAGUUCAAUUCCAAGUCAUGCAUACACAUGGCGUGAUAGAAUUCAAGAAAACCAAGACCCAUACUUUGUCCAAAAAAGAGAUGCUGCUGGAAUCCUUGGUUUGUCUUCUCUCCAAAAGAUCAUUGCUACCAUGCGGAUGCUUGCCUAUGGAGUUACAUCAGAUUUUGUUAAUGAAUAUGUACGAAUUGGCGAAGGCACUGCAAUUGAAAGCUUAAAAAGAUUUGUUAAGAUGAUUAUUUCAAUUUUCGUAGAGAAGUAUAUGAGAUCACCAAACAAAGAUGACAUUGUUAGAUUGUUAAAAGAAAAUGAAGCACAUGGAUUUCCUAGAAUGUUAGGGAGCAUUGAGUUCACAGAUCUUGCUGAAGGACGUGCUCCUCCAGCUAAUUACUCUAUUAAUGGUCAUGAUUAUACAAUGGGUUACUACCUUGCUAAUGGUAUAUAUCCUCCAUGGUCAACAUUUGUGAAAACAAUUCCAUUUCCAAAAGAUAACAAACACAAACAGUUUGCAGCAGCUCAUAAGUCGGCAAGAAAGCAUGUGGAGCAAGCAUUUAGAGUGUUGCAAUCCCGAUUUGCAAUUGUUCAUGGGCUAGCACAUUUUUGGCAUCGUGAAACUUUAAAAGAUAUCAUGAAAGCUUGCAUCAUACUACAUAAUAUGAUUGUUGAAGAUGAACAACAUGAUAUAUAUUUGGAUUAUUAUUAUGAUGCACUUGAUGCCACUCUAACUAUAUCUGUUUCACAUGAGCCUACAAUAGAACUUCUAAAUUUUAUUCAACGUCAUCAUCUUAUCAGGGAUAGAAAUAUUCAUUCUCAACUGCAACAAGAUCUUAUUGAGCACAUAUGGAAAUUACAUGAGACUCAUAAUAUGUAA